UUUAAUUGUGUGUCAGGGUCAUCACUAACUUACCUCUGUAACUUGUUAUUCACACACAUAGUGAAGUUAUUUACAUGCCAUUACAGAGUGAGAAGACGUUAAUAUUUCUAAAGCUUCGGCUCAUUUUACAUCAGUCCAUAAGAGUCUAUUGGUCAGUGGUUCAAAUUAAAACGCUAUGCUUACCAACAGGACUGUCCUGUUGGUAAGCAUAGUGUCUUUAACUUAAGUUAACCUAAAGUCCCGUUGUGUGUCAUAUGCAGAGCCAGUCUGUCAUAAUGUAAUAAAACAAAGAUAAUCUCGACCUUGGGUUAUAUAACAAAUGGAUAACAGAGCAUCAUUAUCAAGGCAGCUGCUUCAGUCAGUCGAAAAGCAGGCAGCGAGGUGAGAAUCCCUUUCCUUCACCUUAUUUCAGCUCAGGCAUUUAGCUAGUUCAGCCUCACAGAGCUGCUAGCAUGGCUAGCUCUUCAACAUCUAGAUCACAGUGACAUUGUUACUGUUAACUACCUGAUUCAGUCAUUGUAUUAUUUAUCUAUUUGAAUAUAGCUUCCUCAUGUGUCCGACCGACACUGCAGGACCCUCAGAUGGUCUUCCAUGUCUGUUGUUUUGUGUGUUUGCAGGCUGUCAGGCUGUCACAUCACAGAUGAAGGCUGUGCUUCUCUGGCCUCAGCUCUGAGCUCCAACCACUUCCAUCUGAGAGAGUUGGACCUGAGGUACAAUCAUCCUGGAGACUCAGGAGUGAAGCUGCUGUCUGCUGGACUGGCUGAUCAACACAGGAAACAAAAAAUCCUAAGGGUGGAACCUGGUGGAGUCCAAUGGUUAAGACCUGGUCUGAAGAAGUAUUCCUGUGAACUCACAGUCGACACAAACACAGUACACAGAAACAUCAAACUGUCUGACAACAACAGGAAGGCAACGUAUGUGGAUGAAGAUCAGUCAUAUCCUGAUCAUCCAGACAGAUUUGACAAGUGGCCUCAGCUGCUUUGUACAAAUGGUCUGACUGGUCGCUGUUACUGGGAGGUUGAGUAUACAGGAAGAGUCAAAAUAUCAGUGAGUUACAGAGGAAUCAGAAGGAGAGGAGCCAGAGAUGACGGUGUGUUUGGAGAGAAUGAUCAGUCCUGGAGUCUGAGGUGCUCUGGUGAUGAUGCUUACUCAGUGUGGCACAAUAGGAAUGCAGCUUCCCCCCCCCCCUGUCUGCUGGGGGAGCAGCAUCAGGAGCAUCAUGAAGCUGAACAAGCUGAUAAGAGGCUCUGUGAUCCCCUGCAGCCUCUGCAGAUGGAUAUGGAGAGAAGGAUGCUGCACUAA